AGCCCUGGCAUUUUUGCAGCGCUCGAAGAGGUUAGCUGAAAGAGCUAUCUCGUGACCAGCCAUGCCAGCCAACUCGGAGAAGCCUCACCUUUCCAUUGUGAUCUGCGGCCAUGUCGACAGUGGCAAGAGCACCACCACCGGCCGCUUGAUCUUUGAGCUGGGUGGCCUGCCUGAGCGUGAUUUGGAGAAGCUGAAGGCGGAAGCCGAGCGUUUGGGCAAGGGCUCUUUCGCAUUUGCCUUCUUCAUGGACAGACAGAAGGAGGAGCGUGAGCGUGGUGUGACCAUUGCAUGCACCACCAAGGAGUUCUUCACCGAGAAGUGGCACUACACCAUCAUCGAUGCCCCAGGCCACCGUGACUUCAUCAAGAACAUGAUUACCGGUGCCUCCCAGGCCGAUGUGGCACUGAUCAUGGUGCCAGCUGAUGGUAACUUCACCACUGCCAUUGCCAAGGGCAACCACAAGGCUGGUGAGAUCCAGGGACAGACUCGUCAGCACUCCCGUCUUAUCAACUUGCUGGGUGUGAAGCAGAUCUGCAUUGGCGUGAACAAGAUGGACUGCGACACUGCCGGCUACAAGCAGGCCAGGUAUGACGAGGUUGCCAACGAGAUGAAGAGCAUGUUGGUGAAGGUUGGCUGGAAGAAGGACUUCAUUGAGAAGAGCACCCCUGUGAUGCCAAUCUCCGGCUGGAUGGGUGACAACCUGCUGAAGAAGUCUGAGAACAUGGGCUGGUGGAAGGGUCAGGAUGUUGAGGUUGGCAGCGAGACCAUCCACGUUGACACCGUGUACGAUGUGCUGGACAAGAUGUGCCGUGUGCCUGAGCGUCCUGUGAGCGCCCCCAUGCGCAUGCCAAUCUCCGGCAUCUACAAGAUCAAGGGUGUGGGUGAUGUGCUUGCCGGACGUGUCGAGCAGGGUGUGGUGAAGCCUGGUGAAGAGGUAGUCUUCUUGCCCACUCACACUGCCUCCAACCCAUGCACAGGCAAGGUCUUCACUGUGGAGAUGCACCACCAGCGUGUGGACUUCGCCAACCCUGGCGACAACGUGGGCCUGAACAUCAAGGGUCUUGACAAGAACAACAUGCCCCGCUCUGGUGACGUGAUGGUCUACAAGAAGGACACCACCCUGGGCCAGACCAAGGAGUUCGAUGCUCAGAUCCAGGUGCUGGACAUCCCCAACGAGAUCAAGGUGGGCUACUCCCCCAUUGGCUUUGUGCGAUGCGGUCGCGCAGCAUGCCGUGUGUCUGCCCUGAAGUGGAAGAUGGGCAAGGAGACUGGUGGCAAGAAGAUGGAGGACCCUCACUCCCUGAAGUCCAACGAGAUGGCUCAGUGCAGCUUCCAGCCACAGCAGCCAUUGGUCUGCGACACCUUCAAGAACUGCGAGGGCCUCUCCCGUGUUGCCUUCAUGGAUGGCAACGGUGUGGUGAUGCUUGGCAAGGUGGUGAGCUGCGAGCGCAAGGGCGAGGGUGAUGACAAGGGUGGCAAGAAGAAGUGAACCGAGAAGUGCCUCAUCACCCGGCCAAUGGCAUCUGCGGAUGGCGCAAGAAAAAGUGGCCGCGUUUGUAGUGAGUUUGCUUCUUA